CCUGCCAGUCACUCCGGCUCAGAUCGGGAAGUGUCAAUCGGGAGCUGGUCUCCGCAGCCUCGGCUGCUACCUGCCUCCGGAACUCCGAGGUCCCCGGCUCUGGCCCGGCCGGGCCCAGCCGUCAUGACGAACGUAUAUUCCCUGGAUGGGAUCCUGGUGUUUGGUUUGCUAUUUGUUUGCACCUGUGCCUACUUCAAGAAGGUGCCUCGCCUCAGGACCUGGCUGCUCUCAGAGAAGAAGGGAGUCUGGGGUGUGUUCUACAAAGCUGCUGUGAUUGGAACCAGGCUGCACGCUGCCGUGGCAAUUGCCUGCAUUGUGAUGGCAUUUUACGUUCUGUUUAUAAAAUGAACUCUAAGACAUCGGAACCGCCAACUGCCAAUCAAGGGGCCUGGGGCAAGAGGCCUCUCAGGGACUUAUGCUCCCCAUAGAAGAGCCGGACUGAGAUCAGCAAAGCCCCCCAGGGUGAUGCCACAUCCUCUGACCCUGCCAGGCCUAGAAAAAGCUCCUCGGGAUCACCCACAUCGUUCAGGCUUGGGGGGGAUUCCAGAAAACCAAUUUCUCUACCUUCCUCUGAUCUGUUUAUAAAUUAAUCCGCUGCAAAGAGUCUAUGGUGUUGAGCUAUAUAGCGCACCUCUUGGUGAUAACAUUACAUACCUCUUGCUGAAGAGUACCUGUCAUGUAUUUUGUUCCUCAGCAGUCCUUCAGGAUCUCUUAAAACUGAGCAAGCCCGAGAAGAGUAGGAACGGUAGGCUGGGCCACAGUUUCUUGGGAGGGAGCAUUGUUCAAGUCUCACUUUUCCCUGUUUGAUCUGGAUUAGGCAAAUUGGAUAAAUGGGAGUUAUGAAAUGCCAAGGAAGGGUUGGGCUUUGGAAAGUUCCCUUUUUUAUGUCCAUCUGGGGAGACAGUAGAGAGACACUGCCCUCUGUGUACAAGGAGAGCAGAUGAACUAGCUAGGUGCUGCUGAACGUGUGGGAGUUCUGCCAACACAGUCUUCGGGAGUGGCCAAGGUUGGGGAAGAGCCUGUCUGUUUGGGGUCAGGUCAGAAAGCAGACAUCCUAGAUAUGAGAAAGAGCCAGCAUCCAGAAAUGCAGAGAGCUUAGGGUUGUACCAGAUCAAAUGACAUAUGGAGAAUUAGGAAGCUGUUUUCCUUAAGCCUUGGCAGAUUUUUUCAAAUUUCCUAGACUUGAAUGCAAUCGUUAAAGAAGUUUGAAAUGUAGCCAUUGGGGGGAGGGGGAACUUUGAAGGAAAGACAUUUUCAAUUUAUUUGCAGUUGGGAGUGGGGGGGAAACCUAUCAUAAUACAAACCAAACAUUUGUUAUUAGAUAUUAGAAAGACUGGCAUUUCUAGGCAAAAUAUUAAGAUCCAUACUUUUUGAAAAGACUAGAUUAUUAAGACCGUUUUCAAUUAUCUGGCUACCUCUUGUGAUCCCACUUAUUAUAUUUUUCUUAAACUGUUGUGGGUGGGGGGAAAAGGGAAAGAGUUGAGUCUGGGGAGGGGGAAGUGUGCUGCCACAUACUGUUUCACAGUAUCUAGACAGAUUAGGGUUUUUUCAUGCCUCUGAAAUGUGGGAAAUGAGGAUGAAUUUGAGUUUGAGAUUAGCGGAGUUUUCCGGGAGGAAUGGGUACUUAUGCCUGUUUGGAGAGCCCCACAUUUUAAAAAAGUAUUGACUUCUCCACUUCUCUCCUUUGAUCUGUAGUGGCAUCAUUGGCCUUGGUGAGGCCAGGGCCUCUGCAUCAAAAAAUAGACGCUAUAACAAGGGCUGAACACAUUAAAUUACCUUGAACAACAAGCAUAGAUGUGUCUGUUAAUUGUCGAGGGUUAAAAAAAGAAAUGGUUCUACUUUUCCUGACACUCUUGGAAGGAAAAUAUUUUGUUUGUGCUUACCAUGGGGGGAGCAGUGAAUUCUCUGUGGUACCAGUUUCCUCCAAACCAGCAAAAGCUGCUGGAAAGUAGGGUUUAGGCGAAAUGAGUGGAUUGGCUUUGGAGUCCCUGGCAGCAGCAGGAUGUCACCAAGUCAGACCCAGCACACACAGCCAUCUGUUGUUGGGAUUGGUCUCUGGGAAGAAUGUGAGUGGCUGAUUCCGUGAUCCCUUGGGAUUGAGGGGAUCUUGGACAAGGAAGAAAGCCUCUUUAAGUGACUGAUUUGAAGGGGAGGAAUGAGAUCCACCUGGUGGCGGGGGAGCUUGGGAUGGUUCACAAACGACCCAAGUUCAGCACAUUUUGCACACGUUGAGUUCGGUAGCUUUAAUGUAUUUUCUUUUCCAAUAGGACUAACUCUGAGGUUGGUGCUUAGAGCAGCUUCAUAGUUUAAAUUUGUUCCAUUUCACAGACAGUUUGUUCAAACCAAUCUUCAUGGCUUCUUGAGAUGAUCGAUGUGAACUUUUGAGGGGUUUUAUUCUGAAAUGCGCUUUUUACCAAAAUGAACCAAAAAUGCACAAGGUGAACAUACUCCACAGGAAGAAAAUACUCAUUUGUGUUUUUCACAGCUUGUUCAAUUCUUUAUGUAAGUAGAGAACCAGGAACUCCUUAACCAAGUGAGAUUGUAUCUGCUUAGCUUACGUGUCCUAUCACAAGAAACAAACACAACAAAAAUAGUAGAAAACUUCCUUUGGCAGUGAUGAAUUAGUGACUGAGGGAAGAAAGGAAGUGUCAAUGUUGGUUUUUCUGAUGUUGACAUUUAAUGUAAAAAACUAGGAUUACCAGCCUGUCCCCUUUGUGUCAGGUGGAUUGAGGAGGGCAGCUCCUUUUUUAAAGUUAAGAUACAAUUUUUUUACUUACCAUUGUCUGUACAAAUUCUUGGAAAUAAAAUCUCUUUCCCUAUA